AUGUACUCUGCACGCCAUAUCUGGCCCACGGUCUCUAGGACACUAUGGCAUGCCGAGGUUUCUGUGCCACGACAUCUCAAAGUCUCGAAAUUCUCAACAUCCUUACGCAUAAAUCCAUCGUAUCCAUGUUUCCUGCGGCCACCGUCCCGACUUCUCGACUUUCCAGUUCAACGGCGUUUCCAACAAUGUCAUUACAGCUCAAAGAUACCUCAGAAAGAUAAUAAACCUACUUCUACAGGAUCUCAGAAUGACUUAGACCCGAUACCGCCUAAAUUUGAUAGUCUGGCAAAAGCAAUACACGAAAACAUCUACACGUUACCCAACUUGCUCACCGCCUCUCGAAUCGCAGCGUGCCCUGUUCUUGGUUGGGCUAUUCUAUCGGACGAUUAUCUACUUGCGACAGGACUGUUGGCGUAUGCUGGGGUGACUGACUGGGUUGACGGGUUCCUCGCACGUCGAUUCAAUAUGCAAUCCGUCAUGGGAACAAUUCUUGACCCAGCGGCCGAUAAAGCUCUCAUGACGACACUUGUUAUAACUCUGGCCAUGAAGGAUCUACUGCCUCUUCCUCUGGCGGUGGUCAUCCUUGGACGAGAUGUACUUCUUAGUCUGUCGGCGUUCUACAUACGAUACACUUCUCUUCCUCCUCCGAAAACAUUCCAGCGGUAUUGGGAUUUCUCUAUCCCUUCCGCUGAGGUGCGCCCCACGCAGAUCAGCAAGGUCAAUACCGCUCUACAAUUGUUGCUCAUGGGUGUAACAACCGUCGGACCCCUUAUGCCGCACGACAUUUCCACAUUCCUCUGGGGCCUGCAAUGGACCGUUGCAGCAACAACGGUUUGGAGCGGCCUCUCAUAUGUCUUCGCGAAGAAUGGAUUCCGUGUGGUAGCCAAAAAUGCGAAAGUCCCGCCUGGCACCCCGCCACCGCCACCGACUCCUCCGCCUUCGUAGUCAGUCGGUCAGCACCAUCGUACGCCAUCAAACAGUGCGAAUCAGUGGUCGAUAUUCCGCUUCAUCUUCACUGCCCUCAACGACGGAAUACGGUUCAGCUCGAAGCGAUAGUUUGAUAGAAAUCUAGCACUGUGAGGUUAUGCGACACGCAGGCUUCUUGCUCUAGCAGACACAUAUUACAUCAAAUGUCAGAAACAUACUCUUCCGAAAAACCGAAUAAACAGUAUA